CUCACUCCCAUGAUAUUUGUUUUGUGUUUUUCCGUUGAUGUUAUAGGGAUGAAUGCUUUAUUCUUAAUAAUGCUGAUAGCUUCUACAGUGGAAUAAGUACGGAUUAUUCCAGAUUAGCAUUACCUAUGUGAGAUGGAUGUGAGGUCGCAUCUUUGGGAGCUGAUAUGGCUAAAGUUCUCUAAAAGUCUCAUGAAGAAAGGAUCGUUCAUGACCGAAAUGAACACAACGGUAAGAAAUGAUCUAUGCUUAGAUAUGAUAUGUGUGAUACUUCUUGUUUUUUAUUCUACUAUAAAAAGUGGUUAGUUCAAGACUCUAGUUCACUACCCACAAAGUAGAUCCAAGUAGUACUCACUAUGAAAGGUUCAAGUUUUACAACACCUAUUCAGAUGCAUGUCAUAUCUUACUUCCCUUAUUUGAAUAUCAAAGUUCACUUAUUUUCUAUUCAAAUGUGGGGUAUUAUUGGAGUUUGAAUAGAAAAUGUGGGGUAUUGUUGGAACUUUGACUACAAAAAUACAAUGUGGGACUUAUCCCACAUUGGUGGAAGAGAAAACCUUCUCCCACCUUAUAUGUCUAGUCCUACUCAUUUAACUAAAUGGGUCAAGUAAGGGGUUAAGCAUAUUGGGCUUGGGUUGUGGUGUUGGAUUAGCCUAAUUGGAUUGAAAAUGGGCUAAUAUCAAGAGAAUAUUUAAUGGUCAAAAGAUGGGCCUUGGGCCUUGGGGCUCUUGGGGUCUUCCUGAUUAAUUAGAUAAUUUUUAAUUACGAAAUUAAUUUUUAUUUUUUUAUUAUUAAAUUCGUAAUUAUUGAAUGACAGGUUUUUAACAGUUAUUUUCGGUUUUGACAGUUUCCAACUGUCAUAACUAAUACCUAUAAAUACCUGUUUCAUUCAUCUGAAAGGGGUUGAAAACAUCAUCAUUCACACCACAGAAUUCUCUUUAAAAAUUCGUUCUUCCAAAGAUGAAGGGAACAUAGGAAUUUCGUCAGAAUCAAGAGAAGUUCUUGAUUGAUUGUUGUAUCCUCUAGACAGAUCCCCACCAGGGAAAUUUCUGUCUUAGGACACUGCAAUUUGCAGGCCUCAAUCUACAUAAUUUCGUUUUUGUGUUUCUGUUGUAAGCAUAAACCAUCAAGUAUGUUUUCUGCAAACUGAUUCUUGUAUAUUUCUUACAUAUAUUUCAAUUUCGUUUGUUUUAUUUCUGUUAAUCUUGUUGAUUGUAUACUUCUGUCAUAACACCAACUACCCAAAAAUUCUUGAGGAAUUCCUCCUGAAAAAGUCGCAAGGGUUUGCUAUGAAAGUCGAUGUGGUCCCUGAGGGCCCUCCUCCAGUAAACGAUGAUGCAUUUCCUGUAGGUCGAAGUGAGGUAAUCUCCAAAGCUUAUGAUCUGUUCCAAAUUUACAAGCGGAUCUUUGUUGACCUGAUCCUCGCAUUUGAAGAUAGAGAUAGUAGUCAAUCGUACUUUAAACGUCUAAAGUCUUGUGAAGCUUUCUCUGUUAUUGAGAUCGAACUUGGGUUCGCGUAUGACAUGCUUUACACCAAGGCAAGUGUUGUAUACACCUUUGUGGGUUUCCUAUGUCGUGUUACUAGUGUUAUCCUCGUUGUCAUGGUACUGGUGGGCUUCAGUUUUCUCUGUGAUAGGGACGAUUAUCGAAUCACUGAUAUAGUUAUUACAUACCUAUUAAUUGCAACAGCAUUUAUAAUGGAAAUUUUUGCAGCUAUUACCAUGUUGCGCUCCGACUGGACUGAUCACUGGUUAAGCCAAAAGAACUACACUCGGAAUAUCCUCAUAUUUCCAUUCUUGAAGAAUCCGAGUAAACCACGAUGGUGCAACUGUAUUGGACAGUUAGACCUGCUGAGUGUCUCCCUUGAGGAGAAGCCCCCUAGUUUUUUACAAGCCCAGAAACUCCUCGGGAUAGAUAAGUAUCGCACAAAGCACCGUUACAAGACUUACAGCGAAGUUUCUGACAAACUAAAAGAUCUGAUUAACCGUCAAUUUCUUGAUUUUAUGAAAGACAACACUGAUCCGAAAUCAUUAUGUAGUCACAAAGGUCUUUGCUAUUACUCAGAGCCUGAUGAUGAUAAAGAUGAAGCUGACAGUGAUGUCUGUCGUACGGAAAGCAAACAUAUAUCUGACUAUCUGCUGUAUCUUCUCACGACAUACCCUGUUAUGUUACCAAUAGGAAUUGGGAUGAUCAGGUAUCGAGAUACUUGUGCUGAAGCCACGCGUUUCUUCAAAGAAAAAGAACCUAUUAAUGGAAAGGUUGAAGCAUCCAGAAAAUUGCUUGAAGUUAAAUGCACUGAAUUGCCUCCAUAUAAAGUGAAAGGGGAUCGAUCCAAAUCUGCCUUGUUUGAUGGUUGCAGACUCGCGUUAACUUUGAGAAAUAUGGAAAAGAAAGAAAUGUGGAAAGUCAUGAGUCAAGUAUGGAUUGAGAUUCUAGCUUAUGCUGCUACUCACUGCAGAGGGUUUCAACACGAGCAGCAGCUUCGUAAAGGGGGUGAGUUUCUGACUCAUGUUUGGCUUCUAAUGGCACACUUAGGUAUCACAGAACAGCUUCAGGUAUCUCAAGGUCAUGCUAGAGCCAGGUUCAAUGUGUCAUAGUCGUAACUGUGGUUUAGGAACGAUCAUUCGAUCCUAUUAUUCUAAUUAAUUUUGUAGCAAAAGAGUAGUAUUCACAAACAUGUCUUUUUCGAUUUAUCCCAACAGAAAUCUGUUGGCUAGUAAUUACAUUAGCUCUGUUCAUCAUGGUACCAUUCUUGUCUGUUAUAUUGGUGCAUUUCAUCUUUAUGGUCCAAUUUCAUUCA